GUGAAUUUUCUUCACUCGAUAUCUCAUUCAUAAAUUUUGUGAUAAUUUACGAAUAAAAUGACAUAAUCCGUAAAAUUCUUUUUCAUAGUAAAUAUUGGGAUUCGUGAAAGAAAACUUCAUAAUUUUAUAGAUAUUAUAAACACUUUCAAUAUGUCGAGUAAUGAAAAACCGAAUACUGAGAAACCUGGAGAUGGAAUUCGCUCUAUGAGAUCAAGUACAGCAUUUAGAGUUGUUAAUUUUGAGCUAUAUGCGAAGCCAAAUAUUGUAAUUAUGAGUUUAGGCCUCACAUGCUUUGGCCUUACGUUAGGUUACAUUGCAUACAUGAGGCAUAAAUAUGAAUCUUUGGGAUACUAUGCAGCAGUUGACAAAGACGGGAAAGAAAUAUUUGAAAAGAAGAAAUCUAAAUGGGAUUAGCAUUUAUUGUCAAAAUAUAGAGAAAUUUUUCCGCACUUGUAUCGUAAUGCCAACGAUACGACGACCUUUUUUUUACGUUGGGGUCGUUGGGGAAAUGCAUUUACGCAUGCCAUCCGGU